AUGAUACAUUAGCUGGAUUUUUCUUUCUCUCUUAGUCGUACAGAAAACAUAGUUUAAAAGUCAAUAACAGCAAUGGCAGAAGUUAAACCCUGUAAAGUCUGCAACUUUAGCCGUCAGAAAUCCUACGGACUAGUGGUGUCUUCAUUAGAUCAACUCAAAGUGAAAGGAGGUGAAACUUUAGGAAUCGCCCCCGAAAAGCCCGUCUCUGUGGUGCUUGAAGAUGAUGGAACUAUUGUGGAAGAUGAUGCAUAUUUUCUGUGCUUACCUUCCAACACGAAGUUCAUGCUAUUGCAUGGGAAAGAAGCUUGGGGCCCUACAAAUAAAAUUGACGGUGGCACUGCUUGGUUAAGCAGAGAAUCCGUAGCUCUGGAUGGUGAUGAAGUGGAUAUGAUGUUCAGUGGAACAGACACCUGGCAGAGUCUGGCUGCACAGCUGAAGCAGGACCUUGCCAGCAUCAUUCUGUUGUCCGAUUCACAGCUCCAGACUCUGAUGGAUGUACCAUGUGCCAACCUGGCCUCAGCCCUGGGCUUUCAGCAGAAGAAGGCCCAGGCCCUGCAGGACACACUACAGACCGUUCUGGACCGGAGAGAGGAGAGCAGGCAGUCCAAGGAGCUGUUGCAGCUUUACCUCAAGACUGUGGAAAGCGAGCGAGAGCAAGAGGCCAGCCAGGAGGCUGGAGGUGAUGUUAUGGAUGAGACUGAUGGGAUGGAGGUGGACUCAGGCUCAGGGUUUAUGUCCAGGACUCUGAUGGUCUUGAAAGGCAAAACGAGCCCAGAAACACGGCUCUCCAACCAAGAACUGCAGAUGGUCGUAAACAAGGGUGCUGCCUCCAUGGAGCAGGUGCUGGGCUUGGAGGCAGACAGGACGGCCACCCUGGUGCAGGCCUGCGAGGCUGAGUUGGAGGGUCGCCUCCAGCAAGUUCAAGCUCUCAAGUCUCUCAGCGCUCAGUCCCAACAGGCGAGCGACGCGUUAACAACAGAGGACACAAACCAGUCCCAAGCCAAACGCAGCAAAUAGAGUAGGAGAGAGAGGUGGAAGAGGUGCACACAACUCUUAAUGAUGUCAAGAGGAACCGUGCAGCAAGGAUAAUUGUGGCUGACCAAAUGUGUGUUAUCAGGGACAAAGAUCUUUGUCUUAUUUUAUUUUAUUUUUUUACUGCAAGGAGUUGUUUGAUAAAAAUAUUUUUACAUUACGUUUUGACCUGCCAGGGUUGUUAAUAGAAUUGUUGUUGGAAUAUUUUUGAUAAAGAGAGAAAUUCACCAUUUGUCAAUUUCAUCAGAUAAAACCCCAAAUCUACCUUUAAAAAUAUAUAUAAUUAGUCCACCCUUAGAGGAUUAGGCAAGAGGAAAAUCACUGCUUCCUGAAAUGAGUGCAGGUGGGAGGUGUUUCACAGGGCCAAUUCCUGUCGUUGACUCAUAAUAUUCCAUAUUUAUCCAGGAUUGGAACUCACAAUACACCUGCUCUUUUCUGGUGUGAGUCACAGAUUUGAGCCCAUAAAAGGCAAAGUAAUUUCCUGCUGUUGUUCUUAUUUCCCUCGUUUGUGACCUCAUCAGCUGCCCAACAGUAAGGAACACGUAGAACUGAGUGGUUCUCCCUCACUUACGGCACCAAGAUCUUGGUCCUUUCAUGUUGCGGCAGUUUGAUUCGAAAUAAGUUGAUGUUUAGUAAAUUAUAGAAAUGCCUAUAAGCAACACCAACUUACAUGGCAUGUAGUCAAAACUUACUGAGGUCUAUUACAUGGAAAUGGAGUUCAGACCCUAUCAUGUCUAUGCAAAUGUCAGCAGAGCAAUGUUAAGGCUUUCUGAAUACUAAGUCAUUUGUUACCAUUAGUUAUGGAUUUGUUUUUGUAUAUGUUGUACUGUUUUAAUAAAAAUGUAUACCCUGGA